GUGGCCAUGAUGGCCACGCCGGCCUCCUUUGCGCAGGCAUCACUUCCGAUAUCGAUGCACCGACUACUCUUCAUACUCUCUACUACUACAUGCAUGGCGCCUUCAAUGGCAAUGCCUUGGCACGCACAACCUCGUGGCCGAAUUCACCUAGAGGUGGGACAACAAUUGGCACCGGAUGACAAGGGAAGGACUGGGAUUCUCCUGACCUCGCGGAAGCUUCAAAGCUUCGGCCACAAAUGCAAGGACGACGAAUGCGGGCCGAAAGCCUCAGAGAAGGCCUGGCCACAGGGUGAAGGUCCAGACAACUCGGACAGUGCACCAAGCUUCUUCCAGGUGGACCAGGCCAUGCAGUCCGUCAAGGGCUCGGACGACGAAGUCGCUGAAGGCGCGGAGGUGGAGGCGCAGCACAGCAUGCCCGAGGUCUCCCCGGAGCUCACCGCGGAGGAGGAGGCCGAGGUGGCAAGCGCCGGGGAUGGCAUCGUUCGUAACGCGUCGCUUCUCCAGCUAAAGCCGGGAAAGAUCUCGGCUCCCACGACCCCGCCAACAGAUGACAAGGAGUGGACAAUAG